AUGGACGCGGACUUCGUCUCCCUCUUUCCGUGGACGUCAGACGAGGGGGGAACGAUCAACUUAGACCCGUGGACCAAGAAGGAUAAGAAAGACAUUGAAACCCGGAGGGGAGACUUAGAGAAAUUGGCCGGGUGGAACAAGAUCUAUACCUACAGGCAGAUCGCGUCCUUAAGCGACAUGAUUAGCUCUCGUAAUCAAGGUAUAUUUGCUAAUCUGAUGGGUAAACGCUCGGCUUUUGAUUAUUCAGACGAAGAGGAACAAUAUCCCGAGGAAAGGCCACAAGGAACCCCCCCGCCGGAGAUGGGGCAAGCGCCUUCCAGUCAGAUGACGAGGGCGCGCGCCGAAAGUUCGAGGAAGAGGAACUCCUCGGGCCAAACCUCAGGUCAUCAAAAGAGAAAGCGGGAAGAUCCUGAGGUUGUGGAGGUCGAUCGGUUGUCGUUCAGCCUACCCGCGAUCCACGAAUUGUCCUCCAUUGACGAACUUCUGAAGGAGGGAUACGCGGAUCAAGGAUGA